AUGAAAUUAUACAAUGUUUUCACCUUCCACAUCGUGCGCGACCAGCUCAUCGCCAACACAAUCCUUGUCGCCCUCGCCACCCUCCUGGUAAUAUUGCGUGGUGUCUCCCGACGAAUCCGAAAGAACCAUAUAGGAUGGGACGAUGCAUGCUGCGUCGCGGGGUUAUUUCACACAUAUGGAAUGCUUGCGAUGCAGUUCCACUAUGCUCGGGUCGGGAUGCGACACCAUAUCACGGCUAUUCCGCCGGAGAAUGCCGUAUUGAUCGCUAAAAUGCUUAUGGUCUACCAAAUCGUCUACUACAAUGCUAUGGUCUUGGCUAAAUUCUCUUAUCUCACCUUCUACCUGCGCAUCUUUGUGUCCAAGGAAUUCCGCAUCCUGACGUGGAUCUGUAUGGGCUGCGCGGGCGCAUACUGGACUGGGAGUAUGCUCCAAAUUUUCCUGAUCUGCACACCCUUCGAGAAGAACUGGAACCCAACACUGCCCGGUCAUUGUGCGAGUCAGAAUGUGGCAUUUUCGACGAUUGGAGCCUUUAAUCUUCUCACCGAUGUGAUGAUCAUGGCAUUGCCAAUUCGCUUUGUUUGGAAAUUGCAAAUGUCUCUCGCGACUAAGCUGGCCGUGGUCGGAAUCUUUGGAUUGGGUAUCUUUAUUUCCUCCAUUACCAUCAUCCGCAUCCAUGUUCUCACUACGGUCGAUUUUACCGAUCUGUCAUACUCGAUGAUCUGGGCUGCUUUCUGGAGUGUCACGGAGCCUGCUCUUGCCAUUUCAAAUUCCUGCGCGCCCAUGCUCCGGCCGAUUCUUAAGGCCGCCUUCCCGUCCCUAUUCUCCAGUGCCCGUGCUGCAUACUCGACGCAGCCGUCAACGGGAGCCGUCCUCAGCAAGAACAGUACGGGGAAACGGGUGCAUGGCAUGGAUGAGAUGGAUAGUGAAUUUCCGCUCACGCAAUUGGACCAAAGACCAGGAUCAGCGGAUGGAGGGUCGUUGAAUGAUCAGUCGCAGGAUGGUCCCUCGCACUAUACGCUAUAUCAGACCCAUAGGUCUGUUGUUGGGACUCCUAAGGAGCUUUCGUAA